GUGCUCGCAGGGACCGGCUCCUCUUCUGCUGAGCUCCCCGGCUGCCCUAAGGACAAACCCGGCUUGCUGAGCACCCAGUGUCCACAAGGCCUGGCUCCGGCCCCGCUGAGCCUUCGGUGCCCAGCAUGGGGCUGCUGACCCAGCUCGUCCGCGGGCUAGUGCGCGGCGCUGACCGCAUGUCGCCGUUCACCAGCAAGCGCGGCCCCCGGAGCCACAACAAGGGCCGCGGUGCCAAGAAGCUGGGCGUGCUCACCCGCAACAAGAAGUUCCUUCUCGUCAAGGAGAUGGUGCCCGAGUUCGUCGUGCCCGACCUGACGGGCUUCAAGCUGCGGCCCUACGUGUCGUACCGCGCCCCUGAGGGCUCCGAGCAGCCCGUGACGGCCAAGCAGCUCUUCGACCAGCUGGUAGCUCCGCGCAUCGAGAAGGACGUGAAGGACGGCACGUUCGACCCCAACAACCUGGAGAAGUACGGCUUCGAGCCCACGCAGGAGGGCAAGCUCUUCCAGCUCUUCCCCAAGAACUACGUGCGGUAGGGAGUGGGCAGUGAUAUCGGCGGCCAACACGGGACAGCUCUGGCACUGAACAUUAAAGCAAAUCUUUCUACCUUGUUCUUCUGUGAUACCUGAUUUAAAUCCUGGGGGAAAUCUGCGGUUUGAUUUUCCAUCCAUGACUGGUAAUUCCUCUGGGAGACAGUUGUGCCUGGUGAGCAGAGCCCUCCCUGGGAGUUUUGAGGGUGAGGGGUCCGUGACAUUUCUGAAUACAAAGUACUGCAAAGUUUAAGAAUUAAACUUUAAAAAU